CCUAAUUUUCACUCUGGAGAAUUUAUGAACCAGAAUUGUUAUUUUUCUCUGUAAUUGUAGAAAAUUUUUCAAAAAAUUUUAUUUUUUAAGCUCUUUUCGUUCACUGCAAUGGUGGAGAUUCGAGCUACAGUGCCGCGUCUUUCUCGUAGUUUAACCUCAACCGUUCAAAAUUCUGCUUCUGGGCUUUCAUCAUUUCUGUAAAAAGUUCGUUUUUUGAAGUUUUUCUGUUAAGUUACAAAUUUUUCUGAGCUCAAACAUCAUUGUACUGUUUCUAGGUAUCGAAGUUCUGCAUUCAAGUACAUUCGUCAUCACAAAGUUCCAAAAUUUCAAAAUUUUCGUUGUUUUUGAGUUUGAAAAUGCUUGAAUCUUCAAUGGGAAGGGUUUAAGCGUGUUUUAAGCUUUUAGAGUGUUUUAGUUUUUCUUUGAUUCGCUUAAAAAUGGAAGAAAGAGAGAUUUUUAGUCCUGGGCAUGCGGUUAAGGCUAACGAGGCCCCAGAGAGCUUCCACGUGGCUCUGAACUCCGUGCAGUUUUCCGGGCCCACGGCGGAGUCGCCGUUGCCGGCGCCGCCAACGGCACCGGUGAGUGCUGUGGCGGUGACUACCGGUAGUACGGAGGGAAAAAAGAAGAGGGGUAGGCCUAGGAAGUAUGGACCGGAUGGCAGGCUGGCACUGUCGCCGAUGCCAAUAUCGGCGUCGAUUCCGUUGACCGCAGAUUUCUCAGGCUGGAAAAGGGGUAGAGGGAAGCCACUUGAAUCAAUCAAGAAGUCUUAUAAGUUUUAUGAUUUUGAAGGUGCAGGACCAGGUGAUGGAAUUGCAUACUCUGUUGGUGCCAAUUUUACACCUCAUGUGCUUACAGUAAAUGCUGGCGAGGAUGUUACUAUGAAGAUUAUGUCUUUCUCCCAACAAGGAUGUCGUGCGAUUUGCAUUCUCUCUGCAAAUGGCACAAUUUCAAAUGUUACACUACGCCAACCAACUUCUUGUGGUGGUACUUUAACAUAUGAGGGGCGUUUUGAGAUUCUUUCCUUGUCUGGUUCAUUUAUGCCAACUGAGAAUGGGUUAACAAGGAGCAGAUCUGGUGGAAUGAGUGUCUCUUUGGUAGGUCCAGAUGGUCGAGUAAUGGGAGGUGGACUGGCUGGUUUGCUGGUAGCUGCUGGUCCUGUGCAGGUUGUUGUAGCAACUUUUCUACCAGGUCACCAGCUGGAGCAGAAACCCAAGAAGCAAAGGGUAGAGCAUAUAUCAAUGAUUGCACCUACACACGUUAAUCCUACAACUUCUACUGAAGAAAUAAGAUUCGGUCUCGGCAGCGUAAAGCCGAUCAUGACACCGGCUGCCUUUCAAAUUGACAACAUUGCUUCUUUUAACAAUGGUCAAGGCUCUAGAAACUCACCUAUUGAUGAUGAUGCUCCUCCUUUGCCUGACAAGGAGCCUAAUCCAAGCCACACAAAUGCUGGAGUUGCAUGCUAAACAUUGUUCCAUGCAAAAAAAGUCUUUGAUAUUCUGCAGAGUCAAACCCCAUUUGGCAUUUAGGCUCACUCAUGCUUGACUUAUGCUGACAAUUAACUUGACAAAAGUCUUAUAGUGGGAUGAGUGUGAGGUUGGUUUUGACUUGGGAAAUUGUUGUCUUUGGUACUAGAUGUUAGUGUUAGGAAAUCUGUUUAUUAGGCUUUUUCAUGUGUUUGUUCUCAUGUUGCAACUCUAAUAUUGUUGUAGUAAUAGAUAGAUAGAUGUAGGAUAUAUGUUAUGUUACUUGUUAGAUUGUUUGAAAUGUCAGUGCAUGUGGGUGCUUUCUAAAUUGUAACUUUAACAAUUUAAUUUGUGAAAGAAGAAAUUACAU